GCAGUGGACGUCGCAGUUGAAAUGGGGAUUUUAAACGAGGAAAUUAAAGACAACUACAAAUUCAAUUCAUGCUGCCCAUUGGCAAUGUAUUUGUCGCCCCAAGCAUGUAUAUGUGACUGUGUGUGUGUGUGUGUGCUUUUUGCUAAUUUUAAAGAACAACAUAUUCAAAAACGAAAAUUUUCGUAAAAAUUUUUUGUGUCGCGUAAAAUGUGAAAAGCUCUCAGUCCUGGCCGAAAAUCGCAACGAUGUAGACGCUCGCCUCGAACGGGCCGCAGUGCAAGAAAAGAAAGAAAAAGAGAAAAGAUAGAAAGAAAAUCUAGAUCACGAAGAAUCUGAACUAUAUAACAUACAAAAGACAUCUGUGCUGGAAGCGCCCAGUUCGAAUAGGGCUUGAAGACUAGAAAAAGCUCGUUUCGCCAUUACAUUUUCAAUAGUGCAAAAAUAGCUGUAAAAGCAGAAAAUUUAAAGAAAAUUAUAAAUUCAAUGUCCAAAGGCGGCGACGACGGCGACGACGGCGGCUGCUUUGGUGAUGCUUAAAAAUAGACAACGACCACGAACCACAAAACGACAACGAAACUAAGACGAACAAAAGCGAAAAUAACAACAACAGCAACAACAACAACAACAAUAGCUACAUCUAGCGGAUUACGGACCAGGGCCAAGUAAAUAGGCAAAGCUGCAGCGACAGCUGUUCAGCCGUUCAUCUCAACAUCGUCACAUCACUCCUCGGGUCAGCAGCUCGUCGGCUGAACGAUGCUCAGUUCGAGGCGCUCCGCCUCGGUGGGCGCUCUGCCCGCUGAGAAGAAGCAUUUUGUGUCGCGCGUGGAGAGCGCUAGCGGCGCCUCGUUGGAUGUGCGUUGUGCCUGUCAGUUCUUUCAGUGUGAUUCGCUGCUGCCGGAGCGCGUGAAUCCCGUGGAUUCGCGACCUGGUUCCAGGCAGGGCCACCACAGCGAUGACCACUAUCACGUGCAGCCGGACGACUUGUCCAUGCACAGCUUUGAGGUGAUUAGCCAUGCGGAUGUGGCGCCCUCGGUGGAUCUGAGCUUCAUGGAACGCUAUCCGGAGCUGGAGCAAACGGCUCGUUCGCGUGGCCUGGUCGUGCGCAGCAUCUUGGAUGCCACGGAACCGGAUAUGCCGGGCACUCACGGCGCUCUGAUGGCGGGCCGACGGCGCCAGCUGUCAGUGGGCGGAUUUUCCUCGGGCAGCGUUGGACGCUUCGGCGACACCGUGUCCAUGCGCAGUGGCACCUCCCUGCGUCGCAUUUCGGUGGGCAACUCCAAGACGGACCUCUACUGUGCGGACAUUAAUAUACCCACUUCCAUGGGUCGUGCAGGACAUGGAGGUCAGCGCUCGGCCAGCGCCAGUCGUCGUACCUCCAAUGCGGAUCUGUUUCAGGCCAGCAUCGUGCCGGGCUCGCUGCAGCCGCCGCAGUUGAAUCUGAUUGCCGCCACGCCCAGUCCGGGCAUGUCAGACAGCCCACCCCAAUUUUCAUCACACCAAUCCUCGCCAGCGCCAGGAGCCCGCGACUUUCGCAAUGCCAAGCCGCCCUUGUCUCCGGAUUACAUGCGUCCCAGCGCUGAAAACAAGGAGAACCAGUCGCCAGACGCAACGCUGCCACAGAAUCGACCCAUUGAUGUUUCUCGCUUCGGCUGCGAUUCAGUGCGUCCCACGUUUUUGCUGGAAUCAGACUUGAGGCAUCAGGAAAGUCCAUACAAGCCCACAGUCACGCCCAUCGAUCCGCUGGCCGAAACUGUGGCGGAGCUGGAGCAGAUUGCCCAGGAGCACAACCUCGUGAAUAUCAGAGACAACAUACAGACGCAGACCAGGCGUCCGCCGUCCAUUGCCAGCGAGCUGAGCGUCAAGCCCUUGCAGGUGGAUGAGUUGACCCAAAUUGAGAUUGUGAACGAAGUACCCGUUGUGGACAUUGAUGCGCUCGUGCGGGAUGAGGAGCUGAAGGCCGUCGAGCAUCGCAGCCGCAGUCCCAGGCCAUCCAGGCGGCCAAAGUCGCCGCAGCCCCCGCCAACGACCUCUGCUGCAGCUCCGCCUCUGAUGGACACGCUGCAGUUGCCCUCGAGUCGACCCAGCAGUCCUCCUGCACAGCCAACUGCGACGCCAGCUGCUGCCUCACAGCUGAAGCGCCAACACACGCCCGAACGCCAGCUCUCGCCGGAGCGAGCCUCCAAGUGGCAGCCCAUGUCCAGCUCUGCUCCUGCUACGAUUGCAGGUGCCAUCAACGUGCAGGCGGCCUCACCGGAAGUAAAGAGUUCCUAUGCCUCGCGCUUCAAGUCCAUGUUCAGCUCCAAGGGACAGGAGCAGCAACAGAGGUCGCCCACUCCACAGCGCUCACGCUCACCCUCGCCGUUCGUGGACAAGUCCCAGUCGAUCACACGGGAGAAGUCGCCCUCGCCCAGCAGGCUGACCUCUGUGUUCGCCAAGAGCAAGCCCCAGCCCAUGUCGAUAGUCAGCAGCACGUCGAACGUGUUAAAGCGCCAGGACGCCGAGCCGCUAUCCGUGCGAGUGACAGAGACCUUCUCGCUGAAGGUCGAUGAGAUGGACCAGUACAGCUCGCAUCCGCCAAAGCCACUGGUGCCACCUCCCCAUGCCCAGACCAUGUACAGCAGCCGGGAGGACUUUGCCGCCUCGGAGCGGGCCUCGGUGGACAUCAGCGAGGCAUUUGCCCCGGUUGUCGUCUCGUCUGUGCCGCGGGGUACUCUAAGCAGCAUUGGGGGCGUCAGCUUCAUGGCCGGCAAUCGGAAUCUCUACUCCAGCGAGAUUGAGAUGCCUGGCAUGAGUUGGUCGCAGAGUGAGUCGGAGUUUCGGCACUCGGUCAGCAAGGAUCCAUCGACUGGCAGUCGCCCGCUCAUAUCCGUGCCCAUUCACAUUACGGGCAGUGGCAGCCAGGUAUAUCGGCCGUCCGAGCAGCGCCUUGGCCUGCGGAGCAGCAAGCUUUCUGUUAGGGAGCCACGCACACAGUCACAAGAUCACCGUGGCCGAUUAGCCGGCUCCCAUGAGCAGCUGUAUGGGUCGCCGGCUCGCAUGACAAAGACGGUUAGUUUCAAUUUUGAUGAGCGUAGAUCGCGUCUAGCGGAAUUUGAGUCCGAUUCGCCCCUAACCCAAAAGCAAAAAGAUCACAUCGACUUCCUCGACCGGACCUAUUUCUCUCGUGAUCAUGAAUACGAGCCCGUGGGUGUGUCGCCGGCGCGGGAGAUUGAAGCCGCGGCAGCAGCUGAGCCGGCGCCCGCCCCCGCCCCUAACAGCAGCAGCCUCCAGAUACCCAUGGAUGUUGACAUUGAACUGAGUUCAGCUGGAACCACGCCACGCACCGAGUCUCGCACGGACUACGAGAUACACACCAGCCAAGUGGAUUCGAGCGCUUUGGAGGAGCUGCCACUGCAGCCGGAGAAUCGCAAGAAGAGUUUCAUGGCAUCCGCCCAAGAUCGCACACGCAAGAUGCAGGAUGGCCUCCGGAAUCAGGCGGGCAAGCUGCGCACCAAGCUGCGCACGCAGCCCAAGCCGAAGCCCGUCUCGGGCAGUCCCAAGGCCAAGGAGCGCCGACGAUUUGCGCCCGAGUUCUCGAAAAUCAAAAUGCCCGAAAUUAAGCGACCCGACAUGUCCAAGCUGAGGGACAUCAAGCGGCCGGAGUUCACCAAGUUCAAAAAGCCCGACAUGUCCAAAUUUAAGCUGCCCGAGAAAUUCUCCACACUGAAGCUGCGACGCAGCAAGAGCUUCAAAGAGAACGAGUCCGAGUUGCCCACCGAGUCCACGGAGUCGCCAGCCACCACGGCUGAUGCGGCGCCGGCGCCUGCAAAGAAGAAGUUCGAGUUCAACUUUGGCACCUAUCCACGCGCCUUCCGCAAGAAGAAGCCCGUCGAGGAGACGCCGCCGCCCAUGGAAUCCUCGCUGGGCACAGACCGCCUCAGUGUCAGCGUCAUACCCAGCACCGAGACUCAGCCGUCGCAGACCUCCACGAGCUCGCCGCAGGGCGACCGUGGACCAGGCCCAGUGCGCUCCCGUUGGGCGGACAAGUUCUCCGAUGUGAGCUACAAUGACAGCGAAGGCUCGCGCUACAGACGCUAUGGCAGCGAAUUGGAGAGCUUUGACAGGGAGUCCUCGCUGGAGCGGCGCAUGAAGGAGGACUUGGAGGGCGAUACGGCCAGCGAGGCGCAGCCACAGACCGAAAUGGGCAUCCUUGGCGGCGUGACGGACAGCAAACAGUUUGCCGAGUUCGAUGAGGAGAAUCGCGCCAUACACGAAAUCUCCAGCCAGCGCACCAGGGAGUUCAAGCGCCGACCCAUGGUGCACCAGGACUCGGAUCUGCGCUCUGAGGAUAGCCACGAUGCUGAGGGCUGGACGGAGAAGGAUAUACAGAAGAACAAGCUGCUGCGCAAGGCCGAAAUGGAUGCGGAGGCCAGUUACUAUAAGUACCAUGAGAUGCAGGAUGCCCAGUCGACGGCCAGCUCCGGCAAGAAGGUCGUCAUGGAGCAGAUCGACGAUGACGAAUUCUUCUUGCGCAAGCGCGGCAUCUCCGAGGACAACAUCCAGCUGCGCCAAUACAUCAGCGAUGCCAUACGCGAGGGCUACGAUCCGCCCAAUGCCCUACAGCACGUCGGCCGCUCCGCGCGGCAGGAGGAGCGCGCGAGGACUGAGGACUACGGCGAUUACGAUGUGCCGCCGCCCAAGCCCCGCCGCCUGCAUCGCAAUUAUCGCCCCGACUUCGAGGACUCGCAGGAGUUCCAGCGCAGCGACUACGGCGACGAUCUGUCCAUGUCACAGAACGGCAGCGACUUCAUGCCCAAGCGGCCAUUGCGCAAGGCACGCAGUCGCAGCAAAUACUCCAUGGAAGGCAGCCAGGACAUACCGAUGGCGGAUGGCGGCAGCAGCAUCCAGUACUUCGACGACGAUGAGGAGUACCUGAGGCCGCCCAUGCGCGAGCAGCCAACGGAAUCGGAGCAGGCCCUCAACAAUCUCAACUACGCUGCCCAGGAGCAGCCCAGCACCCAACAGAACCGCCCACAGGCACCCAGACGGCAAAAGAAACGCACACGCGACGACGCAUCUGUGGAGAAGGACGCGGACUCGUUCAUCAAUGGCUUUGGUGGUAGAUCAGUAUCGAACACCUUUUUGCAGCCACACGAAGAUGUAAUUGUUUAUCGCACUGAGCACGAAUAUCAGCAUCACAUACCGUUAGCCACGCCCGACACCUUUACGGACGGCACCUCGGCCCGCACCCAGCGCUCCGAGGAUGAGCGCACCUCGCGUGGCGCCGAAUCGCUGAUCCUGGAUGUGCACACCAAGCCGGAGCUGCUCAGCAAGGAUGCAGCGCCCAGAAUUGAGAGCGAGGAGAAGUUCGUCAUCGACAUGCUGGAGAGCGAUGGCUAUGCGGUGGUGCGCAAGGAGCCCGUGCCAAAGCCGACGCCCCCGGCGCGUCGCAAGAAGUUCACACGUUCGCCCGGUGAGCGUUUCGCCACCCUGCCCAGCAUACGCGGUUCGCGUGGCUCCCCGCCUCCGGCCCGCCCGCCGCCGCCGCAGCAGUAUAUACCUAGCGAGGAUUCGCCACUGCCGCCGCGUCGCAGAUCGGCUGCAAGUCUGGAGGAGAUGACCACCGGCCUGCUGCUCAAGUCAAACUACGCGACCUUGCCAUCCGCACAGCCGGAUCGGGAUCGGGAUCGGGAGCGACAGCAGGCACAACUGGUGGAGGAGGAGGAUGAUUACGAGGAGCCGGGCGCACUACAGCGACCCGAGUCCCCACGCUCGAAUCUGCAGUCCGGCGAGGUCAUCAACAAAAUGAAGUUCCGACCGCUGCCACCGCCACCACGCCCACCGCGCGAAAAACGCUCAACGAGGGGCGGCAGCGGCUUGGACGAGGACAGCGAGCGCGUGGCUAGCUCCUCGACGGCCGAUAGUACCGAGCAGGGUGAAUUCGAGGUGGAGGUGUCCACACAAACGGACCCAUUGCCAGAUGAUUUUAUUUGCGAGGAGUUUGAGAUUACGGAGGAUAUGAAAAUCAUAGAGCCUCGUCGCCCCACAGGUGGCAAGACUACACUGGAGGAUUUGCUGCGCAGCACAGAGGCCCAGCAGCCGGAUGAGGUGGAUGGCGCUCCAGUGCUCACCGAGGAUGAGCAGCUAGCCAAGGGAUUGCAACGAUUCCGUGAUGCUAAUCAGCGCAGCUUAUCGGAACGCUCACGUGCAUCUUCACAAGCGGAUCGCUCCAAGUCUCUGAGUCGUCCACAGACUCCAUCGUCAGCUGUAAUCAUAGAGCGACGCGUGCCCACGCCUAGCAUCGAAGGCGAUGCCACGGUGCAAGCGUCACUGAUUGUGCGCCCCAUUAGCGCUGCUGACCUGGAGGAUGACGAACUGCGUCGCGAGGAAGAGGAGCUAAGACGCGAGGGAUUGCUGUCUGAUAGCUCGGUGCAGAGCAAAUCUGACGUGGAAACAGCCGGUGAGGAGGAUGAGCGUGGCGAGGUCGCCCUUAGCGACUAUGCAGCCAGCUCAGCCGACCUGGAGGCAGCUGUGGAGCAACUGCAGCAGGCGCAGCUCGAGAGUGACUACGACAGCAAGCUGGAGGAUGAUGAAGUGGAGCGUACGCUACGAGAGAGCGAGUACGAUGAAGAGGAUGAUGAGAAGUACUCCGAUCACUUUGACGAGGAAGAAAGCUCGCAACCUAAGGGAGAGACAACAGACCAGGAGCUGGACGAAGCACUCGAAAAGGAGCUGCAAGAGGAAAUGGAAAAGAUGCUGGCCGUGUACAGACAAGCAGAGAUCGCAGAGUCAAGAGCAAAGGCGCUUGCCGAGGAGCAACCCACAUCCGAAGAGGAGCACGUGCUAUCAGAGGAAGAGCGCAUUCUAUCUGAUGCAGAGCAGGUGUUGUCCGAAGUGGAGCAGGCACCAUCCGAGGUAGAAACUGUACAAUCUGAAGCGGAGCCGGCUCAAUCCGACGCUGAGCCUGCUCUAUCCGAACCUGAGCCUGCUUUAUCCGAAGCAGAGCCUGUUUUAUCCGAGGUAGAGCCAGAGGAACCGUCACAAGUGGAGCAAAUUACAGUGGAAGAAGCACCCAUUAGGAAGACCAUUGCACAUGAACCCACUGAAGCAGAAGUCGAUGCCAUAUUUGUUGCCUCUUUACCCACCGAACCUGCUACGGCCUACAGUCCAGAGCUGCCCGCAGAAGCAGCCGGAGCAGAGCCAGAGGCAACGCCCUUGCCGCCGCCACGUCGUAAAUCCACCACAUUCGUCGAACCGACAGCUACUUCAAUACUGACCAUUGCCGAGCAGGUGAGCCGCGAGCUAACGCCCAUUCAGGCACUGCGAGCCUCGCCUCCGCUGCAGCUGCCCACCCACAUCCAGGAGCUGGAGGUGGAGCGACUGCGGGUGCAUGCGCUGCAGGCUGGACAGAUUCAGGUGUCCCAGCUGCACGGCGGCCAAGUCACAGCCGAUGAGCUGGCCUGCAAGUCGGGUCAGCUGGUGGUGCAGAACAUUAAUCUGCCACCCGGUUUUAUAGACGACAUUGUGGAGCGCGUCAAGGAGCAGCGUCCAUCGUUGCUAACCAGCGAAACACAGACGAGCCGUCAAGCCAGCAGUGAACCCGCCACUAGCGAUGUGGAGCCACCCACCAAGCCGCCACGCCAAGGCAAGAUCAAUGAGUCAACGCCUGCAGCCACCCAGAGCAAUCUGGACGAGCAGACACAAACAGAAGCCGCAAUGCUUCCAUUGCCACCACCGCCACCUGUGUAUCCCAGUGUUGAGUAUCUGCAAUCCCUGGCUCCAUUGGCCUUCUAUAACUUGCAGCGCAGUGCUGAAGCGGAGCAGGCAGGAGCAGCUGCUGCUCCUGGCAGCUCGGAACGCAAGGCGCCGCACAAAUGCCGACGUCGCCAUGUGCACGAACAGCAACAGGAAUUCGACUCCGACUCAGAGCUGGAGGAACAACUCGAGAGGGCGCGUUCUCGUUCGCGUUCGCGUCGCUCGCGCACGCGCAGCGCCACACAGGCAAUGGAGGAGUUCGAUGAUGAUCAGCCCAAGACAGUGGCGCAGGCCGGUCGACAGUUCCUUUCCGUUUGCAGCCUAGAGCUGAUUAACAUAAUCAACCACCUGACCCACUUUGUCCGCGGUGAGGUUGAGCCGGUGCAGCAGCCCAGAAAUAUAUCCUCGCUGAUGGUGCUCUUCAUAUUGAUCACCUUCGCUGUGAUCGUCUUUCUGCUGACGGGUCGCCAGGUGCACACACACCAUUGGGACUACUUCAAUCCGCCGAGCAACGAGGGUAGGCAAACGUGAAACCUAAAGAGCUCCCCAGAUUUUGGACAUUUUGUGGCUUGGAUAUUUUGUAUACCAAAUGAUACUUGGGCAAUUUUUCUUUGCAUUUUGGAGCAUGAAACGAAUUUAGAAAGCGUCGGGCACAAGCCGAACGCUCGAAACCAAAGGCCUUAACAUUAAUGAUAUAUACUACAUACUAACAAAAUAAAUACUUUAGGAAGGAUGCAAAGUGAGAGGCGAUGCCUGUGCUACUCUAGUCGCAGCUUAACAACUUAUCAAUCGAACAACAACAAUCAGUCAAUCAGUGAAUCAAUCCCAGUUCAGUAACAAACACACUGACUUAUAUAGAACAUAUAUCUCAUACUAACCGAAAUACAAGAACAAUAUCAUGUUUUUCUACAAUACUCCCAAAACAACAACAGCAACAACAACAAUAACUAAAGAUCAUGUAUUAAAUAUGUACUUAAACUAAGUAAUAGAAAUCAUUUAUUAGCUACCUGAUAUAUGGUGAGCUAUCCAGAAUGGGGCUCAAGUUUGUUGGCGAACAGACAAAGUCAACUUAAUAAUAUCUAAAUAUUGUUCACUCAUUUUUUCUAUUUUUCGAAUUGUUCAAUAUUUAAAGAAUCGAUUGUUGUUUUUUUUAUUUUAUUUUAUUUUAAAUAUAUACAUUUUAUUUAGACCUGAGUUAGGUAUAAUGCACACAUAAAUGAUGAAUUGUUUUACUUAUCAUUAUAUACGCAUGUUUUUCUUUUAUUUACAAAGAAGCAAUUGAUUUGAACCGCGCGAGGGUAAAAAUAUGUAAGUUCUUUAUAUAUAAACUUAUAGAAAAGCGUAUUUUCAAUAAAGCAAGAAACUACAUAAACAUGAUUAAUGAA